GUAAACUCCUGAGGGCUGAUCCCAAUGCACUUUCACUUCUGCCUGCGGAUAAGUUACUUAAACAACAUUAUUUUACUCUUCAGAUUUAACAGAGGCUUUGGAGGAAACCUAAACACUCAGAACCUACUUUCUGAACUAUGCCAGUUGCGUUUAACGGAUUAUAAGAAAUGGCUUUCUUUCCUGACAAGAUACUGUAUCUUGUUGUCCUGAAUGUUGCGGUCACGAGUGUGGUAGGAUCAGACCAGAUGCAGAUGGCCACUGUGUACUGGGAUAAUACUCACAAGGCAGUGUUGCUGAAGCAGGGGGUUCUGGAAAAAGAAGGGGACGCAUAUGGGUACUUUAACGACACCCUCUCGCACACGGGCUGGGGAGUUCUGGAGCUGCGGGCAGGUUAUGGGGAGACCCCGGAACUCGACGAAGUCACCUUCUUCUUGGCGGGAUACCUGGAGGGAUUCCUGACAGCUCAACAGAUGUUUAGUCACUACACUAACAUGUAUCCCCAGCUGAUAAAGGACCCAAAGGUGCUAGGUCCAGUGAAGAACUGGAUGAGUAAGCAGGACCAGUGGACGAGAGAACAGGUGAAGCUCAAUAAGGCCGUGGACCCCCUGUGGCAACACGCUGGCUUCAUCGUAGCCCAAAUGGACGGGCUUCAGGCAGGAGCUUCGUACUGGGCAAAGCUCAAUAAGAGAGAGCCCCUGUCCAUGUUCGCCGUCCAGUUCCUCAAUGCGGUGGGGGACCUGCUGGACCUGAUCCCAGCCCUGGUACCAGAGACUGACCCUCACCACAGAAACACGAAGUUCAGAAUGCCUGGCAUGGGACACUGUUCUGCCCUCAUUAAGAUGUUGCCAGGGUUCGAGAACCUCCUGUUGGCUCACUCCAGCUGGUACACCUACGCAGCCACGCUGCGCAUCUACAAGCACUGGGAUUUCAGAGUAUCGGAGCCCCACACCGCCACAGGCAAAAUGUCCUUCAGCAGCUAUCCUGGCUUCCUGGUGUCUCUGGAUGACUUCUACAUCUUAGGCAGUGGCCUCCUGAUGACCCAGACCACCAACAAUGUCUUCAACAGCUCGCUCUUCUCCCUGGUGACGCCCCAGAGCCUGCUGGCCUGGCAGAGAGUUCGACUGGCGCAUGCCCUCGCGCGCACCGGGAAGCAGUGGGCACAGACCUUCUCCAGAUACAACUCCGGCACCUAUAAUAACCAGUACAUGGUGGUGGACCUCAGCAAAGUGGCUCUGGGCAGCAGGCUGGAGGAGGGGGCUCUGACUGUGGUGGAGCAGAUUCCUGGGCUGGUGGAGCACUCGGACCAGACUCAGGCCCUGCGGCGAGGGUACUGGCCCUCCUACAACGUGCCUUUCCACAGUACGAUCUACAACCAGAGUGGUUACCCGGAGAUGUGGAAGGAGCACGGAGAGGACUUCUCCUAUGACCUCUGCCCACGAGCCAAGAUCUUCCGCAGGGACCAGGCCGGAGUGGCGGAUCUGGCCUCCAUGAAGCACAUCAUGAGAUACAACAAUUACAAGAAUGACCCCUACGCCAGAGGACACCCCUGCAGGACCAUCUGCUGCCGCAACGACCUGAAGGAGGAGAAGCCUAGCCCAGGAGGCUGCUACGAUACCAAGGUGACGGACUUUCACAUGGCGCAGCGCUUCGCGGCGGAGGCGGUCAACGGGCCCACGACGCAGGGGGGGCUCCCGCCCUUCUCCUGGAGCGGGUUCAACCGCACCUCCCACCAGGGGCUGCCCGUCACCUACAACUUCACCUUCCUGACCAUGCAGCCCACGCUGCUCCGGCCCUGAGCCCGGGCACUGGACCCCUCGCCCGCGCUCAGGCUACAGCUCCGCCCAGGAGGGGGGGAGGGGGGG